AUGCAAAGCCUUGAGACUUUGUAUAUUCCUCGACAGUAUACUACUUUGCCGUUAACCUGUUCCAUCAGACGAGAAGUGCAUCUUUUUACUGAUGCUUCUGAGGAAGCGAUUGCUGCAGUUGCCUAUAUCAAAUUAACGGACGCCGAUGGCAACCAACAACAAGGUUUCUUACUUGGAAAGGCUAAAGUUGCUCCUAAGAGUGCUGUGACAAUACCACGCUUAGAUUUAUGUGCAGCAGUUCUUGGCAUUGAAAUCGCCAAUAUCAUAAAGAAACAAAUGAGUAUCCCAACAGACGAAUUUCACUUCCAUACAGAUAGCAAAGUGGUACUCGGCUACAUCUGUAACAACACUAGACGGUUUUACACUUACGUAAGCAACAGAGUGGAAAAAAUUCGUAAAGCUUCUGUCCCAGAACAAUGGAAUUAUGUUCCAUCUGAAUAUAACCCAGCUGAUGAAGCAACCAGGUCAUCAUCAAACAGAAUUCUGACAGACACCACAUGGCUCAAAGGACCAACCCGCUGGUUUACCAAACGUUUAGAUCCAGAUGAUACGGAAUAUUCUGAACCAGAGAACCUUGGUCCAAAUUAUAAACUUGUGAAUUCAGAGUUGGAUAAAGAAAUUAGACCAGUGAUAUCAGACAUCAAAUCAUGCGUAGAUCUGACAACUUUUGUAUCUGGAUUCAAAAAUUACUCAACUUGGAAAGGCUUGGUUGGAGGAAUAGCUCAUCUGAAACACAUCGCCAGAAGCUGGAGUGGGCAACCGCCAUGUAAAGGCUGGCAUGCUUGUUCUAAAGCUAAAGAUAUACAUCUUCUACAGGAAGCUGAAAAAGUGAUCACCAGGGAAGUCCAGAAGGAAAGUUUUACUGAAGAAAUUGAACAAUUACAAACAGGACAACCAAUCAAAAAAGGGAGUACCAUAUUGAAACUCAAUCCUUUCAUCGAUUCGGAUGGUAUCUUGCGUAUUGGAGGCAGGCUCAACAAGGCUUCCCUUGAUGUUACAGCAAAGAAUCCAAUCAUCAUAUCGGGUAAACAUCACAUUGCAAAAUUGAUUAUACGACACUACCAUGACCUCAUGAAACAUCAAGGACGUCAUUACACAGAGGGGGCGGUACGAGCUGCAGGUUUUUGGAUAAUUGGUGGAAAGCGCCAAGUGUCAUCCAUCAAUUUUCACUGUGUGAUCUGUAGAAAGCUGAGACGGUGUGUAGAGCAUCAGAUAAUGGCAGAUUUGCCAAAGGACCGUUUAACACCAGGUCCUCCAUUUUCAAGCGUUGGUGUCGACACAUUUGGACCAUGGCAAAUAGUCACCCGUCGCACCAGAGGAGGUCAAGCCCAUGGAAAACGUUGGGCAAUUAUGUUUUCAUGCCUUACCUCUCGUGCUGUACACAUGGAAGUGAUCGAAUAUAUGACCUCAUCUUCAUUCAUCAACGCUUUAAGGAGGUUCAUUGCCAUCAGAGGACAUGUAAAGGGAUUUCGAUCCGAUCGAGGGACAAAUUUUAUCGGAUCAACAGAACACCUAGGGGUAGAUGUCAUCAACAUUGAAGAUGGACCUAUCAAGAUAUUUCUCCUCGAUCAAAGAUCAGUAUGGAUCUUCAAUCCACCUCAUGCUUCGCACAUGGGCGGAGCAUGGGAACGCAUGAUAUGCCUGACACGACGCAUACUGGAUACCAUGUCGAUGGACAAAGCAGUCAAGGCAUUAACCCAUGAAAUACUCACCACCUUUCUUGCAGAGGCUAGCGCAAUCAUCAACUCGCGACCACUGGUACCUACCUCAUCAGAUCCUGAAUACCCUCUGAUCCUUACACCCUAUACACUUCUUACCCUUCAAACAGACAAGGGAGGGGAACCUCUUGGACCUUUCAGUGAAAAAGAUGCAUACACGGCCCAAUGGAAAAGAGCUCAACAUUUAGCUGAUAUAUUUUGGCAACGUUGGAGAAAAGAAUAUCUCGUAACCCUACAAAAUCGGAAACGAUGGCCAACAAACCAGAGAAACAUAACUGUUCGUGAUGUUGUUCUUCUGAAAGAUGACGGUGCUCAUCGUUGCGACUGGAAAAUGGCUGUAGUUGAACGUACAUUUCCUAGCCAUUCAGACAAAAGAGUACGUACCGUGGAGUUACGUGUGAUUCGAGAUGGACAAGCUGUGUAUUAUACUCGUCCUGUUACAGAACUGGUUCUUUUGUUACCCGUGUGA